AUGCAUCAAAUUUACAGUCUCCUUUCAACUUUUUUGAUUCUCUCGGUGCUAAUUCCAUCUCUCCUUGCUUAUUCAAUCCCAAAUUCAAAAUACAAUAAACCAAAUAAUCGUCGUGACUUAAAAAAUCGUUCUCGAAAUGGCGAUAUUAAGAGCGUUUCUAAAAAUAAAAGAUACAUUGGUCCAAACUUAAAUAAUAUUCGUCGCGCGCAAUUAUCUAAACGUUGUAUAUCACCAAUUGUAGAAUCUACAUUGUUGAAACCACUUUGUAAUAAUUGUGGAGCCUUUGCACCAUCCUGCGGUUGUUGUGGUUCUCCCUUUGACUUUCACUGCAAAAUUCCCCGUGACAUUCCCUGCGACAUUCCCUGCGACAUUCCCUGCGACAUUCCCUGCGACAUUCCUUACGACAUUCCUUGCGAAAUUCCCCACGACAUUCCCUGCGACAUUUCCUAUGAAAUUUCCCACGACAUUCCCUGCGACAUUUCCUAUGAAAUUCCCCACGACAUUCCCUGCGACAUUUCCUAUGAAAUUCCCCACGACAUUCCCUGUGACAUUUCCUAUGAAAUUCCCUACGACAUUUCCUGUGACGUCCUUCCGUUACGAUAUGGAAAGUUGAAAUGCGGUGAUAAGCCAAAAAAAGAGGUGUCUAAAAAUCAAUUCUGUUCAAACGAAUUUCAAGGUGCUUUUGAAAAGGAUCAUGCGUUACAGUGUUGUGAUGAAUCUCAAUGUCAAGUCUGUUCUGAUUCUUGUAAUGAGAAUAGUUUUAAACUUACCGCUUAA